AGGAGCAGUUUCACCAUGGAAUAUGAAGCCAAGAAAGGGAAGAAGGGCUUUGUGUCCCCCAUCCGAAGGCUGGUGUUCCCGAAGGCUGCACGCCAGGCUGCCUUCAGAAGCAGUGUCAGUCGCAGGCCCCUGCACUCUAUGCCUCUUUAUCCCCCUGACUACCUCAUCGACCCCCACAUCCUGCUGUGUGACUACCUGGAGAAAGAGGUCAAGUUCCUGGGUCACCUCACCUGGGUGACUUCCUCACUGAACCCCACCAGCCGAGAUGAGCUCCUGCAGCUUCUGGACACCGCCAGGCAGCUGAAGGAGUUGCCUCUGAAGACCACACCGGAGCAGGACAGCAUCCUGAGCCUGUCCGCACGCUGCCUGCUGCUCACCUGGCGCGACAACGAGGAGCUCAUCCUGCGCAUCCCGACACACGAGAUUGCUGCUGCCUCCUACCUGCAGGACGACGCUCUGCAUCUGCUAGUGCUUAAGACUGGUCUGGGCGUGGACCCCGUGCCCGCGGGUAUGGACGGCAGCCCGGGAGGUUCGGGUCGCGAUCCUGGCCCUCCGGGCGCCGUGCCCGAGAAACGACGGGUGGGCACAGCCGAGCGACGCCACACCAUCUGCAGCCUGGACUGGCGCGUGGCGUGGGGCGGGGGCGGGGGCGCGGGCUCGGAGGCCCGAGCGGCGGGAGGCGGCGGCAGCCUGGAGCGGCAGCGCGCCGGAGCGAGGGCGUCGGGCAGCUGGGAGCGGCGACAGACGUUCAGCGGCAGCUGGGAGCGGCGGCACGCGGGCGGCGGCACGGGCAAGCCGGGUGGCAGCUGGGAGCGGCGGCAGGCGAGUGGCGGCGUCGGCGGCAGCUGGGAGCGACGCCACCCCGGCCCCAACCCGCUGGAUCCCCAGAACCACAGCCCCGACGCCUACUGCAACCUGGUCAUCCUGGCUGUGGCAAACAGGGAUGCUGCUGAGGAAUCCUGUGCGCUCAUCUGUCAAGUCUUCCAGAUCAUCUAUGGGGACCAGAGCAUCGAGUGUGUAGACCGGGCCGGCUACCACUACAGAUCCACACCAAAGCGGCCAUGGCUCUCCAGCUGCAGUGAGAGCUGCCGUACGGACGGGACGUUCGCCUACGAUGCUGACUUGAGCUGCUGCAGCUCCUUCAAUGGCUCCCAGGACACAUUUGAAGCGUGUUACAGUGGCACAUCCACACCAUCUUUCCACGGCUCCCACUGCAGUAGUAUCGACCACAGCACCUGGGCCUUCGAGCAGCUACAGGAUUACAUGGUCACGGUGAGCGUGAGAUUGGGUGCUCAGGAAGUUAUGGGAUUUGAACUCAGACUUCCAGAAACCACACUCCGCAGCAGGCUGGCUGGAUGCUGGAGUCACCUUGCCCUGUGUCCUCUAGGGAUGCGGCCCUUCAUCCCAGAUCAGGACAUAGGCUACUUCGAGGGCUUCCUAGAGAGUAUGGGUAUCCGCGAGGGCGGAAUCCUCACCGACAGCUUCGGCCGCAUCAAGCGCAGCAUGAGCUCCACGUCUGCCUCUGCUGUGCGCAGUUACGAUGGGGCGACCCAGAGGCCUGAGGUGCAGACCUUCCACCAGCUGCUGACCGACAUCACGCAUGACAUAGAGGCGCUGGCCCCCGACGACGACGACGACGUCUAUGAAGAUGUCUCCCCUAGCGGGGGCGACCAAGUUGAAGAUAACUACCUGUAGCUCUACGGCACACUUGCCCAUAGGACACCAUCCCCAGUGUGCCUGGACUCCUGGGUUCCCAUCUGUGCCAUCUGGGCUUUUUUCCCUGCAAAUGGGUUCCCAGGGAUUCAGCCCUGCAAUACCGAGAAAAUCCUGCAGGGGGCGGGAGAGUCAGACUCUAGAGUGUUCUUCAAGAAAAAGAAUCGCUCCACCUACUGGCCGACAGAAAAGAUUUCCAAUUCACACCCCACUUUCUGCAAACCUGCCCAACCCCAAACCAGAAACAUUUCCAGAACCUAGAGAUCUCUCUUCAAUUUUAUAGGCUGAGAAUCUAAGAGACUUCGGAGGGUUUGUUUGUUUGUUUGUUUGUUUUUAAGGAAUGGAUAUGAGGGAACGCCAGGUUUCUUAGAUAUCGAUGCCCAUUUCCACAUCUCUACGAUAAUUUCAGCUCCACCCAUAUCACAGGUGGUCAUUGGGGUGAAUAGAGGGCAAGACCGUAGUGUUGGGACUAGCAUGCUGUAGGUGCUCAAUA